CGCGCCCUGCCAGUCCCGGGAGCCGGCGAGGCUGGCCUGGGGCGGCCCGGUGCGGGAGCACCGCGGGGAGUACCGGCUGGAGCAGCUCAGGGGCGACGGCCCAGCGUCCCGAAGUUUGCCGCGCCAGCUCGGGCGGCCGAGGUUUGUUUCCUUCAAAAGGCUCCAGGCUUCGGCUUGGAAAAUCCAACCGCCAAAAUUGAGCCCAGCAGCUGGAGCGGCAGCGAAAGCCCUGCCGAAAACAUGGAAAGGAUGAGCGACUCGGCAGAUAAGCCGAUUGACAACGACGCGGAGGGGGUCUGGAGCCCUGACAUCGAGCAGAGCUUUCAGGAGGCCCUGGCGAUAUAUCCGCCAUGUGGGAGGAGGAAAAUCAUCUUAUCAGACGAAGGCAAAAUGUAUGGUAGAAAUGAAUUGAUAGCCAGAUACAUCAAACUCAGGACAGGGAAGACAAGGACCAGGAAGCAGGUGUCUAGUCAUAUACAGGUCUUAGCAAGAAAGAAAGUUCGAGAAAUUCAAGCCGCCAUUAAGGUGUCUAGUCACAUUCAGGUUCUUGCCAGAAGGAAAUCUCGUGAUUUUCAUUCCAAGCUAAAGGUAACAAGCAUGGAUCAGACUGCCAAGGACAAGGCCUUGCAGCACAUGGCUGCCAUGUCAUCAGCCCAGAUCGUUUCGGCUACUGCUAUCCACAACAAGCUGGGGCUGCCUGGGAUUCCACGCCCCACCUUCCCGGGGGCACCGGGGUUCUGGCCUGGAAUGAUACAGACAGGACAGCCAGGAUCCUCACAAGACGUCAAGCCCUUUGUGCAGCAGGCCUACCCCAUCCAGCCAGCAGUCACAGCCCCCAUUCCAGGGUUUGAGCCUGCGUCAGCCCCAGCUCCCUCGGUCCCUGCCUGGCAGGGCCGUUCCAUUGGCACAACCAAGCUUCGCCUGGUGGAAUUUUCAGCUUUCCUUGAACAGCAGAGAGACCCGGACUCGUACAACAAACACCUCUUCGUGCACAUCGGGCAUGCCAACCAUUCUUACAGUGACCCAUUGCUUGAAUCUGUGGACAUUCGUCAGAUCUAUGACAAGUUUCCUGAAAAGAAAGGUGGCCUGAAGGAACUGUUUGGAAAAGGCCCUCAGAAUGCCUUCUUCCUCGUAAAAUUCUGGGCGGACUUAAACUGCAAUAUCCAAGAUGACGCCGGGGCUUUCUACGGUGUGAGCAGUCAGUACGAGAGUUCUGAAAAUAUGACGGUUACCUGCUCCACCAAAGUGUGCUCCUUUGGGAAACAAGUAGUAGAAAAAGUAGAGACGGAGUAUGCAAGGUUCGAGAAUGGCCGGUUUGUGUACCGAAUAAACCGCUCGCCAAUGUGUGAAUAUAUGAUCAACUUCAUCCACAAGCUCAAACAUCUACCAGAGAAAUAUAUGAUGAACAGUGUUUUGGAAAACUUCACCAUUUUAUUGGUGGUAACAAACAGGGAUACACAAGAAACUCUCCUCUGUAUGGCCUGUGUUUUUGAAGUUUCGAAUAGUGAACAUGGAGCACAGCAUCAUAUCUACAGGCUUGUAAAGGACUGAACCUGGUUAUUUAUAUAGAUAGAAAUCUGUAUAUACACACACACAUAUGUGCACACACACACUCUCCAUUAUCCAACGACUGACUGUAAACCUCACCACAGGUGAUGCCCUGGCCCCCAGGUCACACCCUGACUUUUCUAAAUCCUGUUUGAGUGAACUUAUUAUUAUUUUUUCAUGUGUUCUUGCUAUCAUGUAGCUGUGAAAUUGUGAUGCAGUUUUUUGUGUAUUCCUCAGAUCUGCAACCCACAAUUCCUUGGGGAAGGUGAAUCUUACCAGCCUAAACCUCUCUCUCUGCAGACCUGUUUCCUGUUGUGGUAGAAAAUAGUUCUGAGACAGAGGAUUGGCCACGGGGCAUCGACUGCCUUUAUACAAAUGUAUUUAGUUCUUUUGUUUGUUUUUCCAACAUAAAAUUCUUGUGUUAAGAUACAAGUAAAAUUAAUCUUUAAAUGUAAAUUAGUACAAGAAAACUAAGAUUCUUUAGACUUAUCUUUGUAAUUAAUUAGGGUGGAAGUUAUGGAAGAAUGUAAUUCACUAAAUUAUUUUUUAAAUGAAAUCUUUCUUUCUUUUAAAAACCAAAUGUUAAACUAUAGCCUUAAGAAAUACUUGGUAGAAAUAUCCUAAUGAGACAAAUUUUUUACCUUCCCCUUCAAGGUUAAACUAAUACCUUAAUUCAUUAAACUGUUGAAACAGGUGUUGCAAAGGAAGAAAUUGUCACCCCUUAUCCUUAACAUAUAUAGUAUAUUUAAAAAUGUAAAAUUGUAUUGUACUAAUGUGAUAAUUGAUUAUUUAAUGAAAAAGAAAAGAUGGCUCUUUUUGCAAUAAGUAGAUAAUACUGAAACAAAUCUAAGCUUACAAUGUUAUAGUCUUGUGUGUGCAGUUACAUUUUAUAUGGUCAACCAAAUUUUUUUAUGGAGAAGAGUUCACAUUUGAACCACUGAAAUUUCAUAGCAAAAAUUUUUAAAUUGGCAUGAAUACUGCACUGUGAGUUGCAAAGGAUGUAGAAUCGUGUGGCUGGGAGAAAACUGUCAUCAUCUGGACAAGUAGAAGGCUCAUCGGGCUUGGUCACUGCUCCCCCAGACUGUCACUGUCGCAAGCCUCCUCACCAGCCUGUGGUAGUUGGUUGCUGGUAACCCAAUGUGCGUGAGAAGCUCUGAGUUCCUGCACGUGUGGAUAUUCAGUUCUCUGAACUCCUGUUUCCUGUGGUUUCCUAUUGCUCUUCACCUCUCUUGAUCUGCUUUACAGUUGUGGAUCUAUUUCCUCUGAGCGCGUCCCUUUCCUUGACAUCUCUUCAUAAGCCUCAGUGGUUCUUCAUGCGCUCUCUCUCCCCACACCCCUCUCUCUGAUCUUUUCAAGCAGACUCCCUCAUUCAGGUAGUUCUGUUUCCAAGAGAGAUUUCACCACUCUGAUCUGAGUAUUCCAAAGCAUUGCCCAGCAGCAUUGGUCUCAUGUGGCCAGUCUGGGGUUACUUUCCUAUGUUCUUUCUCACUGGGGAAGCAAGAAAGGUUACCCCUCUGCUUCCAAGGAAGGCAAGAGGAAAGCUAGAGUUUCCUUAGACUCAUGUGUACACACACACACAGAUAGGAAUAUGUGAACACAGUAGAACAUGACAUAAACUUUUUAAGUUUAAAAAUCAAACAGCAUGGCGAUUUUUUUUAUGUGUGUGCCAAGACUAUCAAGUUAAAUCCUACUUCUACUAUAUCCAGGUGACACACACCCCUUCUUUGUUCCAACAUCUGCUCUGGCUGUGCUUAUAUGGUAUUCAGCUACUUGUGGUCUUCGGUGGUUGGGCGUGGCUGGCAUGUAGCUAAAAGAACCACACUGGAUUGACUCUUGUCUCCUCCCAGCUGCAUCCCUGGUCCCUGGGAAGACCUGAGGAGAAUGUGCAAGACUUUGUCAUUAGCAAUAUGCCUCCCUUGUGUGAGCCAGCAGGGCAUUGUUCUCUUCAAGAGAACUAACUGCCUUGGUUCCCUGAGUCUAAGCGAGCCCUCAAAGAAUGGUUACCCUGGGUUUCUCCUGGUAGUCUUCAGAUGUUUAAAGAUCUGUCCUGGGGAUGUUUCUUUAGCUUUGAUUUCCUAUAUCCUUCCUCUAGAGGAAUGUCCUACUAUCCUGACACCAGGACCACACAAAUGGGUACAAAUGAUCUGUGCCUACAGGCCAGGCCAUCCCAGAAGGUGAUGGGGGAGAGGUCUACCACUCAGGAGUGGACUUGCCUCUCUAUACCUCCCAAGCUCUGGGGGUUUAUUUCUCAAGUACCACUUAGAAGGUACUGGUUGUCAAUGGGGAGGGGUAUGCUUUCUCAGAAUUAGGAUAAUGUCUCUGUUGCUUCACUGUCUGCAUCCUCUCCUUCCAAAUGCCUUUCCCAUGCGAGCGGUAGGAAUGGUCCUGACUCACUUUUUGCUCUGAAAACAGCUAUUAAUUCUUUAAUAUAUAUAUAUAUUUUUCAACCCCCCCCCAACUUAUUUCCUUCCUUAUAUCUCAACCCUUCCCAGCUUCCUGUUCUUUCUCACCUUUAAAGAAAGAAAAUAACCAUCAUCUUACGCCAUGAUGAAACACCAUGACCAAAGAAACAAAUUGGGGAGUGAAGGGUUUACUUGGCUUACAUUUCAGCAUCAUAGUCCAUCACCAAAGGAAGUCAGGGAAGGAACCCGAGACCAGGAAUUAAUGCAGAAACCCUGAAGAGGUGCCGCUUACUGUCUUGCUCCUCAUGGCUUCUUUAUCCUGCUUUCCUAUAGAGUUCAAGACCAGCAGCCCAAGGAUGACACCACCCACAGUGGGCAGAGCCUUCCCCUCUCCAGCACUAAUUAAGAAAAUGCCCUGCAUCCCCUCCCCCCUGCCCUUUCGAGACAGGGUUUCUCUUUGUAACAGCCCUGGCUGUCCUGGAAUUCACUCUGUAGACCAGACUGGCCUGCCUCUGCCUCCUGAGUGUUGGAAUUAAUGGCGUGUACCCCCACCACCCGGCUCUACAGCCAUUUCUUAUGGAGAUCUUUUCUCAGUUGAGGUUCCCACCUCUCAGAUGCUAUAGCUUGUGUUAAGUUGAUAUAAAACCAGCUAGCACAUCCACCAUGGCAAAUUCAUGCUGCCCAUAUACUUAAGGGUGUACAGGCAUCCACUGGAACCACAACCACACUCUUAAAAGAAAACUGGUUUUGGCUACCCCAGAAGCUAUCAACUGUCAGUAGCUCCUCAGCCUUGGGAUGGAGGCUCAUGAACCCUUCCCAGCCUCACUCAGUGCUGGAAUUUGCCCAGCUUGUUCUCACGGCCGCUGUGGGUUUAUGAGACCGAUGACCCUUUUAUGUCCUAAAGACACUGUUUUUCUCUCCAUCACCCUCUGUCCCACCUCCUGAUCCCCCAGUCUUUCCUUUCUGUCUUUAGGAGUCUUCUGGGGUAUCCCUGUCUAAUCAAUACUCAGCCCAGACUCGCUUUAUCUCCCACAUGAAAGCCUUGGGUAGGAUUGCGUCUGUUCUUCUUGGUUCCUUCUCCCUCUUUACAACUCCCUAGACCUUAAGGAUGUCCUGGCCGAGUCCUGUCCUCUCUCUUCUCUCACCCCUCCCUUCUUAGUGUUGUCUCACAGUGACUCUAGGACAGCUCUGUCAGGGACAUGUAUAGACAUCUUGCUCGCUCAUCACCUAGUUUAGAAGCCAUCCUUUCAACCUGUCCUGAGACUCCCACAGUCCAGCAAACUAGAGACCAGGGACAUUUUGGCUAGUUCACUGGCCAUGCCCUGUGUGCUGUCAGAGGUUUUUAGAAUCUGUGUCCACUUUCACAGUUGUUACAGCUCAUUGCUCGGGGUUGCGCAAGGUUCAGCCUUAUGUGAAAAUGGCUGCCCUUUCUCUUGCUUGUCGUUAGCAUAUUGAUAACCAGUUUUUCUCCACUUGUCCUGUGAAAGCUUCUCUCCUAUAAACCUCUUUGGAGGGGAAGGGGGUCAGGAAGAGCCAGGUGGGUGUUACUCUUCAACAUCCCCCCUCCUCCUGUACAGCUACCAUCUCUUUCCUGUCGCCCUUUCUGCCAUCUCUUGGAAAGCUGGGUACAGCUAGCCAGCACCUUCCCUGUAGCCAUCUGACUUCCAUUUAAAGAGCAUUUCUGUUUUGUCCUGUAGCCCUUACCUUACUGGGGCUUAAAAAGAGACACCCCCUCCCCCUCCGAUUUGGUUCUCACAAGCUCCCACUCUCUUCCUCGUCCUUUAGUUGUUGGGGUUAUUGGGGUGUGUUUCUCUUCUUCGUCCUUUAGUUGUUAGAGUUGUUGGGCUGUGUUUUAGCUGUUGGGGUUCUUGGGGUGUGUUUCUCUGCACUGCUUCAUGCUAGCUGUUGUGUCUCUUUUGGCUUUAGGGGUGGAGUGGACCUGGAUCUGUUCAGGAAGGUGGCUCAUACUCAGACCAAAAGAGAACACAGUUCAUUCCCCUUCCCACAGGGUGAGAGGUGCCUGGUCCAUAGCCUCCCGGCUAGUUAGUCACAGACAAGGGUGAGGGCUUCUCUUUCUUCUUCAGCCUCUUCUGGGUGGAAGCCAUCUUUCCUUGGUGCUCUGUGCUUAAGUGAUCCCUGAGAAUGCAUGGGCAGAGUCACUUCAGAUCCCCUGUAGCUGUCCCUGGACCACGAGCAGAAGGCAAGCCUGAUGUGUCUCUACACUUCCUCUGAGGACAGUUCUCCAGCCACAGGCUUUGAGUCAAAUUUCUGUUUGCCACCCAUCUCAGCAGCCAAGUCCUGUUCACACACCAGCCAAAACAGAGCCUUUGGUGUUAAAAUCCCUCAAAGGACUUUUAGAUCCAGGUCUUCAUUAGGCUUCGGUACCACGGUGGCAUUAGCCACUGUUUUUAUACAACCGCAAAUUUUGAAGUCACAUGACAGUCAGUUUUACAAACCAGGUACCUGUAAUUUGUAUACUUUUUGUAUCUGCUCUGGUGUACCAUACCUGUCCUAAGGAAGGGUAGAAUAACUAACUGUGUGUUGGGGUCCUCACCUGUGACCUUAGGAGGAUGCAUGAGUUGCUGACUUCUCUGUUGAUGUUUCUGUGGCUAAGCCCUGCACGUGUCUUUUCUGCAAAGCCUUAAAUCUUGGAGAUGUCACGUCGUAGGGUGUCGGUGUGACGGGCUGCCUGGGAACCGUGAGCCCUUUUGUAAGCUGGAAGCAUUUCUCUUACUACUGUUACUUUUCGUUUCCUUUAAGGGAGUUUUCACUUCCCAGCUGCCAAAGCCUCCCAGUGAAGCAGUGCCUUAGUACUACCUUAGUAGCCGCCAGCCUUUUCUCAAGCCUCUUCUCGGUGUCCUUUUGCUAAUUGGCCCAGUAUCUGAAGCAGGACAAGCCAAAUCAUUCUUAUUUUUGUUUCAAAAGCCCGUUUUUUAAAUCCAGCUCUAUAGGAAGCUGAGGACUUGGUUUCAGACAAGCCGAAUGGGAACCCAAGUUCCUCCCUUGACCAUGCUCUCACAUCCGCAUCCAUACCAAAACUAAAGGCUGCCACCCCGCAGUUUACUAGCAAGAGUGAAUUGUACUUUUCAUUGAUGCCUUUUUAAAUCCAUGACCAAAUACUUAGCUAUUUGUGAAUCUUCUGCACUCCUGCAUGAAAGUGCCUUUGGCUCGAGAUUCCAGCUUAGAAAGUGCCACCGUAAUAACGACAAUUUGUAGAGAGACCAAAAAUAUUUUGAGAUCACCAUAAUGCCUUUGGUUAACCGGGAUGAGUAACCAAUCACAGGCCUCUAUUCACGAGAGCACCGCGUGGUCCCUGCCUGCUGUGAGUCUGCCUGCCAGUGGGGACCCCACCACCACUCAACCUAUAGCACAGUGCGGCAGUGGGGAACCCUGCAAACUGUUGUGUCUGUGUGUGCCGACUCCCCCCGCCCCCCACUGCCCGGCAUGUCCGUCAAGUCGUCACCCAGCUCUGCAUCCCUGGGAAGGAACUCGCGCACAAGCACCCGAAAUCCCGGCCAGUGGACAGACACCACGGCUUCGCCUUCCCCAUGUGUCCAUGUCCAGUCUAUGGAGACUCUCAUCCACUGGGACAACAGUGCGCACUUGCCUGCUUUACACAGCGAUACCGUUCGGUUGUUGGAAGCCUCGAAUUGAGAUGACAGUGCAGAACAAAAAUCAAAAAUGGGUUCAUUAGGGUCAUUGCAGUCGAAGUGUCUCUGGGCAGAUUUUCUGGCUCCGGAUGUCCGAAAGUGCUGUAAGAGACUUCCAAAGAGCACAACAUUUGCAAUUUGGCGUUUUCAAGAAUGUUCUAAUCCUCAGAGAGCCAACUCUUUGAAGUAUGUGUCAGCUUAGAGUAAAAUCUUUGUGCAUCUGGAAAACCCUACAGUCAGGAAAAGGACAACGGAGGCAAAAAGGAGCCAGGAAAAAAAUAGUUUGCUUGGUUUUUUUUUUCUUCUCUUUUCCUUUCUUUUUCUUUCUUUUCUUUCUUUUUUUUUUCCAAUUCCUUUGCUGAUAUAAGUGUAAAAGUAAUGACAGAUAACUUCGGAAGUUAGCCUCGAAACACUACCACAUGUGUUCUCUGUCCUUCCCUGGUGUCGAAGAAGCAGCCGCUCUGGGCUCGGAAAUCACAGAAGUGAUUUGUAUCCACCCCAAGUUGUAUAAAAGUCCUGUUUGUUUUGUUUUUAAAGGAAAAACAACUAUCAAAUGGAAAGGAGAAUUCCUUAGUACAGGUUAGAGUUAGUUGUCUGGUGUCUUGGACUCCUCCCUGGCAGGAACACACCACAACUUGAAGAAAUGAGUCACCCGUGUUUCCUUGUGCCUCCUCCUAGUCAGUGCUGUCUUGUUUGGCGGUAGUUGUCGCUCCUCAACUCUUGCUUAUAUCCUUAAAAAUGAAGGUUUUGUAUUUUAAAUGUACUGCAUUGCAAAGGGUAGGCCUCACUGAAGUCGUGUGCCGUCGACUAACAUAUCUGUAUUUAUUGCGCCUUCCUUACCUGUUUUUUCUGUGAAUCUGCAUUGGGUCCCUGUGCCCACAUUGUUUUAGGUAGAAGCAGCAUUGGUGCGUGUGUCCCCACCCUUGCUCGUGACCAUAGGGUCAGAUCCCACUCGGCUGCAGCCUUGCUCAGCCUGGCCCUUGUUGGUCUUCACCAUGGACAUUCUAUUUCCCCUCCUUCUUAGAAAGGCGGGCAGAAUCCACACGUCCAUCAUUUUGGAAAACCUGUCCAUGAGUUUUGUGUUUUUAUUUUUCAGAUUAAUUGUUUCCUGUGAUUAGUUUCACUGUGUAAACUAGAUAUUAACUGCACUUCUUUAAAAACAAUGUACGUCUCCUGUUACCUCCUUGAAAGAUCAACUUCUCUAGGCCUUUUUCAGUGGGCUUAUGACUUCAGACAAGGAAAAAAAAACGGUAAAAACAAAAACAGUACGUGCCUGAAAAAUGACAAAAAAAAUCUUUUUUUUGUGAUGUUUAAAAAACCUGAAAAGCCUUGACUUCUUUGAUACGCUCGAAUUUUAUGAAAAUUGGUUUUUGCCUCGUGUAUUUGUUCCCGUUCUAAGCGACUUCAUGGCUUCUCUGUUGUCUCUGUGUAAAGUGUAGAGGAUGGGCUUGUGGCGGAAGCGUUUCAUCUGGUCAGUGGUUCCUUUGAUAUUGUACUGCUACUGGAUCUGGAUCUGCCGGAACCUGAGCCAUUGGGUGACUGGUCCUCUUUGGGGAGACCAUGGAGAAAGAGGGUAGAGGGGCUUAUCCAAGUUUUCUUAAACUGUUUGCAGAAACUUUGAAAAGGCAUUUGGCUAAAGCUCCCGGCAGUACAGUAUUCUUGUAUUCGUUAACGUUUGUGUUUAGGUACUGGUACCUUUUUGUUUAAAAAUGUUGUAAGUGUUGGCUUUAAAGUGAAUUUAUCUUUAGUAUGAUAGUUAUAUGAAAAUUAUAGGGUUUGUGUGCAGAGAAUUUUUUUAUAAAGUGCUUUGUAAAAAAAUGUAUUCUAGCUUUCGCGGUACAUAUGUGUGAUAACUUUAAUAUCCAUGACAGUUAAGUGCAAUUAUUUCUUCACUCUAAAAAUGCUAUUUUUGUGUCAGUUCCUGCAGGUGUUUUCAUGUCUUUGCAAAGUGACACAUUUUGAUGCCUUCUUGAUAAAGUGGUAGACAUUUUGUAGCUUUCUAGAAACUUUGUAUCCAUACGGUAUCAAUGAAAAAAAUAAAGAAAAUGAAAGUGUGGG